AUGUCGUACAGAGAACUAAGAAAUCUGUGCGAAAUGACUCGCACUCUCCGCUACCCGAGAUUGCUAUCAAUUGAGAAUUUUCGAACGCCAAAUUUUCAAUUAGUUGCAGAGUUGCUUGAAUGGAUAGUAAAGAAAUUUGAGCCAGAAGCUUCCCUAAAUGCUCAGAAUAUUGAAACCGAGCAGGACCGAGUGAUGUUCAUCAAACAAGCAGCACUCUUGAUGCUCCAAAAUUCUCGACUUAAAAUGAAUACAAAAAAGUUGUACAUGGCUGACGGUCACGCUGUCAAGGAGCUACUUCCAGCCUUGAAGGUUCUCUAUGACGCAAGGAGGCAUGAGGAUCAGACAUCGGAAAGCCUUCAAACCGCGUGGGCUCAAACCAAACAAAAAUUAAUGAGCAAACUGCAAGAGAUUCGCGUCACUCGUCAAUUGUCGUCGCAGCUUCCCGAAACUGGGGCAGCUCUCAGCGAUUAUUUGGAGAAGCAGGCGAGAUUUGCGCGUGAGCGCGAUCGCGCCGCAUCUCGAGCCAUCCCGUUGGCAGAAGCCGAGAAAACGCUUCAAUUGGCGAUUAAUGCGAUUAUCGAAGAGGCCGAUCAGCUUCAGACGCGUUUGAGUAAUGUCGCCAGCGAUGAAGCCGAGCUGGACGAGAAGAUUGAGCGCAAAGAAAGGGAGUACGAGCAAAUGCAGAAGAGAUUCGCCAAAUUGCAGGCAUUCCGACCGCAAUAUAUGGACGAGUACGAGCGCUAUGAGGAAAAACUGCGGCAACUCUAUGAGGUGUACGUGCUCAAUUUUCGGAAUCUCGCCUACCUUCAGAAGGUCAAUGACGAUUUGGCGAAGAAUGAGAGGAAUCGACAGGAGGAAAAUGAGAAGGCGAUGCGAUUGGCUGUCGAGAAAAUGCGGCUCGAGCAGGAGAAAAACAACAACAUUGGCCUCACUGACGAUGACGUGGAUAUGCCACUGGUCGAUCGACGUGGAUCUGUGCGGAAAGUGUAUGGUAAUAUGACUGGCGCUGGAAUGUCCGACGACGAUGAUGAUGAUGAUGAUGAAGACGACGAUGAGAAGAAAGUACCGAAUAAGGAUAUUAUCAAUGAUGAGGAUGAUGAAGAUGAUGGAAUAGGAAUGAUAGCCAACAGUGGGAAUGACGAUGAUGAUGAUGACAAAGGGGAAAUGAGCAGUGGAGAUGAUUUUUAG